AUUCAAUAUGAACUAGACCUUAUAUAAAACCAAAAUACAAUUCGUCGUUUCUCAAGUAUCGAAAAAUCGGCGGAUAUUUCCGCGGCGGCCUAACAUCACCUAGGAACAGUGGGGACAUGGAGGAGGUCAUGCUCGUCAGUGGUGACGGAACAAGUGUCUGUGUACAAGAUGGCGACGCCCGGGACCUUAACUGUCGUGAAAAUCGCCAGGAAGUAGCCUGUAAACGGAAGCCGCGCGGUGUCGCAGCGAGCCGCGGAUCCCCGCUCCGAAGGAUGUGAUCCGAGGAAGAAGAAGAAGAAGGCCGAGUCCGGGCCAGAGGAGCCUUUUUCUACACUGCCACGAGGGAAUCCGGAUUAUCCAACUUCCUCGGACCAGUAUCGUGAUCGUCUUCGUGGCCAUGCCGACGAUGGAACCCAAGGAACGCUACCAGGAGCUCUGUCGACUUUGCGCAUCCUACGACGCCGUCAAGAUGGACAUCUUCGGCCAAGAGGGCAAGAGCAGACAGCUCGUUGACAAAAUACAAGCCUGUCUGCCGUUUAAGAUUACAGAAAAUGAUCGACUACCAAAAUGCCUGUGUUACAGGUGUAUGUACAAUUUGGAAAAUUUCUAUGACUUUAGAACAGCAUGUGUUAAUGCAGUUGCUCUCUUGGAAAGAUGUUUAUCACCUUCAGGACCGAAUGGAGAUGUUACUACUAUCUUGACAUGUAGUAAUGAUUCAGAGUUCUUUAAAGGAAGGAAAAGUAUACCAGUCCUAAUUCCAGAAGCUCCUAUUGUAAAUCCAAAUGCUGCUUUAGGCACACCACCCAGAUUAAAUUCUGAUGGAGAGGCUGACCAUGAGAUAGAAGAAAUUGAUAAUAGUGGCACAGAUGAAGCAACAGUCAUGGAUGAUUCUGAAGAUCAUCAUUCAGAGGAGUAUGAAAUGGAUAUGGAAACAAAUCCUAGUGAUUUUUUGGAAAUGACUUCAAUAGUUACAGAAGAACCUGAAGAAUCAGAAUUGAAACAUCAGGAUAUUUCUAGUAACUUACCAGAGCACACAUCCCAACAACAACAUGAAGUUUAUGUUUGUUCCUUGUGCAGCAAAGCAUUUAGUUCAAAGGGUCAUUUGUCUUUACAUGCACGCAUUCACGUUGGUGCUGGUGACGUGAUUGGCGAAAAAGUUCUUACAGAUGAUCAUACAUCAUAUAAAAGGCCCUAUCAAUGUGAUCUUUGUCAUAAAUCUUAUUCUACUGCAAAACAUCGUUGGGGUCAUGUUUCUACAACUCAUAGAGGUCAUCCAGCAGUGACAUGCGGUUAUUGUUCUCGGAUUUACUCAACUCGAACAAAUUUGGAAGAACAUAUAAAAUCACGUCACGCUGGUCUUCCAGCACCUACAGAGAUUCCAUUGAAUAAUGCCUAUCAGCCAGAAAAUAAAUAUCAGUGCAGUGCUUGUGGGAAGAUUUGCAUAGAUGCCAUGGAACUGAAUCUUCAUGGUAGAAUUUGUACUGAAGGACGAAGAUUAGAUCUUCCAGAGAAAAACGAGAUUAGGGAUUAUAAAAUUGUAGAUAGUUCCGAAGCUUCAAGUAUUGGAAGUGAUGAUGAUGGCAAAGAUUAUAGAAGUGCGGAAGCUAAAUUGGCAAAAAAUCCUCAGUUAACAAUUUUAAAACAAGCAUUAACAAAGGGAGAUAGUCUAAAGCGAGAUUUUGAAGAUAAAUUUACUUCAAAUUGCAAACCAAAAAAAUUGCCAAAAACAGAGCAUUGUGAUUUUCAAAAUACUAAGAAAUGGUAUUGCGAAUCUUGCCCUCAGUGUUUUAUUUCAGUUGAGGAUUUAAGAGAGCAUGAAGCAACUCAUUUUACGGAUAAACCAUUUAUUUGUAUUUUGUGUAAAAAAGACUUUUUCCUUAAAUCUUCCUUAAGCAGGCAUAUUCAAACCUUACAUGGAGUUGAUCCAUGUCCUAUAAUAGAAAGUGAUAAGUGUUUAAAGAAAGUUGUUUCACAUAAUUGGAAUGAAUCUAUGGAUAUUGAUUCGUAUGAGGCUAAAAUUUCUUCUGAAUUUCCACUAUCUCCAGAGAUAAAUGUAGAAAAUGAAGAAGACCAUGAGAGUGGGCAAGAAAAUCUUAUCGAAAUUGAAACUGUAUUUGUUUGUGAAAUUUGUACUCGUGAUUUUAAUGAUCGUGCAUCUCUCUGGCUUCAUAUUCGUGCUACGCAUAAAGAAUUUGCAGCAUUUGCAUGUGGUGUUUGUUUGAAAAUUUGUGCAGACAAUACCCAACUUUUGAACCAUGUAAACAUGUAUCACGGUGGUUCAAAAUUAUUACUUUCUGAACAAAGAAGGUACAGUUGUACUAUUUGUGGUAGACAACAUGAUUCGAGAAAAAAAUUAAUUGCCCAUGUAUCCAUACAUAAUGUAGAUCCAAAUUAUGAUCCUGCUACCUUUGUCCAAUUGAAUAGUAAUUAUUACGGAGAGAAUGUUAAUGGUAAUGAAACAGCAGAACAAAUGCUCGACUAUGAAGAAGAUGGAGAUAAAGUGGAUUGUUAUAUUUGUUAUAAAUCAUUUCCUAAUGAAGAUCAUUUGAUACGACAUCAAAGAAAUGCACAUAGAUCGGAACAACUAAUGCCAACAGGAGAUCCUUUAAAUCCGUCAAAUUUAAAUGGUGGCGGAAAUAGAGCUCAAUAUCAUCUUUUUUUUGUUUGUGAACUUUGUGGAAGUUCACAUCAUAGUAAAUGGGAACGUUGGCUACAUGUUAGCUCAUCUCAUAGCAAUGAGUCAGCCAUAAAAUGCGAUCGUGAAGACUGUGGUAAAAUUUUUGCUACAAAAUCUCUUAGAAAUGAACAUAUUCAACAUCAUGCAAUUCAAGGUUCAUCCCCAAAUACUUGUGAAAUCUGCGGUAAACUUUGGGGCAGUAGAGUUGAUUAUUGGAAGCAUGUUAUGGGCGUACAUUCGGAUACCGUUCCAUUAAUUUGUGGCGUCUGUUUAAAAGUGUUCUCAAAUGUUUUGCAAUUAAGUACUCAUGUGAGAUCAAAACAUUGGCCGUUAACGAAUGGUGAUUUUAGUUGUGAUAUUUGUGGUAGACCAUAUUCGAAUAAAUCCAAAAUGUCUAGACACAGAAAAAUCCAUGGUUUUGAAGAAAGCUGUGACAACGGAGCAGAAAAUUUCGAGAAUAAAAUCGAUGGACGAAUGAGAGAAACAGAACUAAGUUGUGAGCUUUGUGCAGAUUUGAAAUUUACUAGCUUAGAAAAAUUAUGUAAUCAUAGACGAAUCGUUCAUGGACUUUUUCCUUGUGAUCUCUGUAAUAAAUGCUAUGGCAGAACUUCGCAUUUAUGGAAACAUGUGAACAGGGUUCACAAAGGCCAUGAAGAUGUAACUUGUCCUUAUUGUUUGAAAACCAGUGCUUCAAAAGAUCAUUUAGCAACUCACAUUUCAAAAAUUCAUAGAUAUGAACCAGAUUCUAGAAAAGAUGGAAAAGAUAGUAGACAAUUUAAAACCGAAGAAGUUAGUUUACAUUAUUGUGAAAAAUGUAAUAAAGGAUUUCAUAAGCGGUAUCUUUUACGUAGACAUAUGAAAGGAUGUCAGAAUUACAGAAAAGAUCCUGGGGCAUUAUUAACAAGAUGCAGAGCUUGCGAAAGGAUAUUUAAAGAUCGUGCCAGUUUACAAAAGCAUAUUGAGAAUCAUCAUAGUACAUACACAUGUCAUCUUUGUAAUGAGACGAUUACUUCAAAAUUAGGAAUUAUGACACACAACAGAGUGAAACAUAUGGAUCAUCCUGAUUUAACUUGCAAUUUUGGGUCUUGUAGGAAAUUAUUCAGAACUAAAGAAGAUUUGGAAUCUCAUAGAAAAGAUCACAGAUAUCAUACAACUCCAAACGUUUGUGAUUUCUGCGGUGAUACGGUUGAAAAUAAAUUGAAAUUAAAGAUGCACGUUUUGUCUCUUCAUCGCAAUGAAAUUGGUGUAUCUUGUGGAGUAUGUUUAAUUCCAAUGAAAGAUCCAAAAGAACUUAAAAGUCACGUAGAAGAAGUUCAUUCUAGUGUGCUUUCAAAACCUAAUACAUGUCAAGUUUGUGGGAAACAAUAUGCUUCAAAAUGGAAAGCUUUUGAUCAUACUAAAAAGUGUCAUGGAAAAGUAUUUAGGACUUGUAAACAGUGUUUGGCUGUUUUCACUGAAGAUUCUGCAAUUAGAGAUCAUUAUGAAACAAUACAUAAUAUCCCCAAAGAUCAGCUUGCAUUAUUCGAGCAUAGAUUGGAUAUUGGGUCAAAAAAUGAGGAUUUCGAAAUAGAGUCUCCUGAUGUAAUAGUUAAAGAAGAACCAGAGGAUUUAGAGUAUGAAGUAGAUAUAUGUGAUGAAGAUUCUAGUGAUUCAAAAAGAAGAAGAUCCUUAACUGAUACUUAUGAUUGUGAAAUGUGUCCAGAAAUGUUUGUGAACAGUGAUGCACUUUCAAAACAUUAUCGUAAUAUGCACAAUACAGAUCCAGAAAGAAUAUUUAAGAGAUUGAAACAAGAUGAACAGAGAAGAAUGCGUAGCAAAAUGAAUUUUUUUUGUAAAAACUGUAGGAGACAAUUUUGUACUAAAACAUUAUAUUGGAAUCAUAUUGCAACUUGUAGAAAAAAUGUACGAAAAGGCGAAGAACGAAAUGAUAUGUUAGAUAAUCAAGAAUUUUUGAAAAAUAAUAAUCAAAUUAAAAAAGAGGAGCCCACAUCAAAUUUGAAUAUUCCUGAUUUCAAUCUCUUUGAAGAUAUAAAUCUUCAACUCUCAGGUCAGAGACCUCUUCCGAAUCUUAUGCCACUUAAUCAGAGGACAAAAUCUUCAAUGAAAUGUUCAAGAAAGGAUUCUAGAAAAGUUUAUGAUGAAUCAACAAAUACAGAAUGUGUUUGUGAAGUAUGUGGAAAACAGUGGCCUGCAAAAAAACAUUUAUGGCAACAUCUAAUUCGUUUUCAUCGAGCGGAAGCAGCAGUAACUUGCGGAGUAUGUCUAAAACUUUGCAAAGACUAUGAUGAUUUGGCAGAACAUUUGAAAGCUGCACACGAAGCAAUCCUUUCUACUGAAGGAAACAAUUUUACAUGUAAAACUUGUGGCAGAUAUCACAAUGCUCGUAGUAAAUUGUUAUUACAUACGAGUAUUCAUAUCGGCCAUCCAGGUACUAGUACUUGGUGUCCAAAAUGUCGGAAAAAUAUUACCGACGAAACUGCACAUUUAACUACGUGUAAUACGAAAACGGAAGAAGGAGAACAAUUGAAAAAUAAUGAAAAAGCAGAAGGAAGUCUAAUAGCGGAUGACGCGAUGAUUGAAGAAGUGGAAGAAGGAGAUUUUGAAUCCGAAGCAGAAGAAGCAGAAACAGAAGAAUCGGAAAGUGAUAGUAGUACUGAGGUUGAAGAGGAACAUGAGUCAGAGGAUGAAUCUAGAGUAACUGGAGAUAUUACUUACAACUCAGAGAGUGAAGAUUCAGAAGAACUGGAUAAUUUAGAAAUUGAUGAAAAAAAUAUGGAACAUUAUGCCUUAGAACACCUUCAAGAAUCUAAAAAUGCAGAAAAACAGAAACAUGAUGCGAAUUUGUCAGAUGAUGAUGAACCUCCAGUUCUCAGUCCCAUGAUGCCUUUGCUUUCUGAGAAUAUGUCUGAACAAUCGAUGGGUCAUAAACUAAGUUCUAUAGUGCCUCUAACUGGGAAAGGAAUGGGAAUAUGUGAUUUAUCAGAGAUUCGAAAUGGAUCCUCUCCAAAAUCCGUGAAUCUAUAUGAAAAACACUUACCUAAUAAUGAGUCUUUAGAGCUUGAAUCUGAAACAUUUGCGAAUCAAAGCGAUGAAGAUUUUGAGGACGCGAAGAAUGAAUUUGAUGGAAACUCUACCGAAGAAAAUGACGAGGAAAAUGAGGAUAAUGAAGAGAUUGAAGCAAAUGAUGAAAUGGAAUUAAAUGAAGUGAUAGAAGAAGUUGACGAGAACGAAGAAAUUGAGAGAAAUGAGGAUAGUGAACAGAUUGAAGAUAAUGACGGUAAUGAAGAGAAUGGAGAUAUUGAAGAAAUGGAAGAGAUUGAAAGAAAUGGAAGUAUUGAUGAGUCAGACGAAGAAGAAGAAAAUGAUGAAAAUGAUGAGAGAGAGGAAAACAUGCAAUUGGAUGAUUUAGAAGGUGCUGUUUUAAUGGUGGCUGAAGGGGAUCAGAUAUUGAUUCAACAAGAAAUAUUGGAGGACGAAAAUGAAAAUUUAAAUCAAGAAUAUGUUUAUUCUGCGCUCAGAUACAGUUCAGAGGAGGACAGUGAUGAUGCAAGGAAAUGAGUGCCAAAUUGAGAUUAAGUAGUUUGAAGAAAAGUGUGUCAGAGUUGUUGAACAUUGUUUGAAAAAUGAAAGAAUACGUGGAAAUGAAAGAGAAU